AUGACUAAAAAAUCUUCCAGUGACCUCCCGUCGCGUCGCACCUCAGAGAGUACAGCUGAUACAGAGUCAUGUUGCAUCAAAGAGAAUGAAGGAAAUCGUGCUGCGUGGCUCACUGUCUUGGGCUCCGUUCUCGUCUACUACUCCUCCUUUGGAAUCAUGAAUAGCUUUGGCUUUUUUCAGAACUUUUACACCAGCGACUUCCUCGAGCAUACAUCACCACCUACGAUUGCCUUCAUCGGCACGCUUCAGAUCGCUCUGAUGAACUCUCUAGCCGCCAUCUCAGGAGCACUAUGCGACUACUACGGAAUAAAAUAUCUGUACAUCGGUUCAGGAAUCGGUACUAUAGUUGCACUACUCGCUCUAUCUUUUGCCAAAUCUGGUCAAUUCUGGCAGGUUUUUCUCGCCCAAGGCCUGCUGAUGGGCCUUACCAUUGCGUUUGCAAUCCAACCUGCACUCACAGUUGUAGGACAACACUUCAAAGAGCGGCGUGCAUUUGCUAUGGGAUUAGUCACUACUGGGUCUGCGUUGGGUGGUAUCGGCUUUCCGCUCAUGUUUGAAAAACUGCUCCCUGUCUUAGGGUUUUCCUGGGCAUUGCGCGUGGCUGCUCUCAAGAUUGCUGUUUGUUACUCUAUUGCGCUGGGGAUAUCAACCAGCAAGCCGAGCGGUAAGAGUAUUCGGAGGAACUGCGGCUCGCUGCUUGACUUUCGAGGAUUUCUUGAUACGCGUUACUCUGUGCUGUGUAUCGGGGCCUUCUUCUGUCAGGCUGGUCAAUGGAUUCCAAGCUACUAUAUUAAGACAUACGCGAACGCCGCAUAUCCGGGCAAUCCGAUUGCAGAUUACUUCCUUCCGCUUAUGAACAGCUGUAGCGUUGUAGGCGCAGUCAUUGGGGGCCUCACGGGUGACCGUAUCGGCCGACUCAACUCCCUCUGGCCCAUGGUCUUGAUGACAGGUUGUUCUUGCCUCUUCAUCUGGCUACUCAUCGACUCUCUGAUCGCUCUAGUCGUCUUCGCCUGCCUCUUUGGAUUCAGCACAGGUAAUUUCGUAGCAUUGAUACCACCUGUCAUCGGCCAGAUCACGCCAGACGACAAGCUCGGGGCGCGGAUAGGUGCUUUCUACAGCGUUGUAGCUAUCUCGAGUCUUGUUGGGACGCCUAUUGGCGGUGCACUCAUCACGGAUGAUCACUCGAAGGAGGGAUAUCGAUGGUUGAUCUGCUUCGCACUGGGUUGGUGCUAA